UAACGACUAACGGGGUUUUUGUUUUAGGGUUCUUCGCGGGGGAAUGGAGGAGGAGCGCCUUGAGCGCUUCUCGCGCUGGUCCCAGGAGCACGGAAUCCAGUUCCGCGGCUGCGCGAUCAAACGCGUCAGCGAUGCCGAGGGAUUUGGGCUUUACACUCAAAACGAUAGCGCGAGAGAUGUUCUCGUAGUAACGCCGCUCGAUCUGGCACUCACACCCGUGACAAUUGUGAAAGAUCCAGUCCUGGGAAAUGUAUACCGGGAGAUGCUCGGCAAUGAGAUUGACGAUCGCUUGCUGGUAAUGAUUUUCCUGAUCAUAGAGCGUGCACGAGGGAGAGCCUCGUUCUGGGCACCAUAUCUUGAAAUGCUGCCAUCCGGCUUUGGUACUCCGCUCUGGUUCGAAGACGAAGAACUCAUGGAGCUGGACGGUACAACACUGUUCGAGGCCACCAAAGCCCAGCUUAAGUCCUUGAGGAGACUGUUUCUAAAGGUGAAAGAAUGUACUGAAGCAGCGAUGUCUUCCAUCGGUCUACAUAGGGAGCUUGAAUUCCAGGAAUUUCUAUGGGCCAAUUGUAUUUUCUGGACAAGGGCACUGAACAUCCCGUGUCCGGCAUCGUUUGUUACCUCAUCAUCACCGGAAGUUGCAAAGGACGACGGCAACAGGUUAGUUUCAAAAGAUGUAAGCACGAUUUGGAUUGAAGGUCUCGUCCCGGGAAUUGACUUCUGCAACCAUACACGCAGAGCAUCUGGGCUUUGGGAAAUCGAUGGGAGUGACGGUUCUACGUCAGGAGUUCCUCACUCAAUGUACCUGAUAGCUGGUUUAGAUGUGGUUUUCCCACCCGGCUCAGAAGUUCUUAUCAACUACGGAGACAAAGGGAAUGAGGAACUACUUUUCCUGUAUGGCUUUGUGGAAGAGGACAAUUCCAACGAUUAUGUGAUGGUCCACUUUCCAAAGAUGUUUCUGGAUGAAGACAACACUAUGGAUUUUAAAUUGCAGCUACUUCGUGAACUGGACCUCUCAUUGAAAUGGCUUUUACCAUCGUCACUACUGGCGAGUGGUUUUCUUCGGAAGAAUCCAGAUGACAAAGCAACCAGGACACAUCCAGGAUUUAGUUGGAGUGGACACCGCAAAGCACCGUCGUACUUAGAUUGUUUAGUCUUCCCAGAAGACAUGGUGUUAUCAUUAAGGGUGCUGUCUAUGCCAGAAACUGCUUUGCACGGCGUUGCCAACCUUCUUGAGCAGAUUUCUCACGUUCCUUCGAAAGACGACAUCCAGGCAGCGGUAUGGGAGGUUUGUGGAGACGCCGAGGCAUUAACUUUGCUGGUGACAAUACUCUCUGCCAAAAUGGCCGACCUUGUUCGAGGAACUGGACCCGAGUCACGAGACGAGGAGCUUCUGGAACGAGACAGGCGUUGCAAGGAGCAGGGCACUGUCGAUGACACAGGCUUUCUCUCGCAGAACCAUCGAGCCUGUGUAAUUUACAGAAAGAGUCAGAAGCGCUUGGUAAGCAGUUUCUUACAGGAAGCUAAACUUGCCUUGGAAGCCUGCCUGGCAGAAAGAAUAGAGACUUGACUUCAGAUUUAAA